CGGCUGCGCCUCGCCGUGCCCAGCGAGCCAGCGGAGAGGGGCCGCGGCGGUCCGCUCCCGCCGGGCCGCGCCCGCCUCCUCGCCCUUCGCCGCGGCCACUGCCCCGCCGAGCUCUGCCGGAUCGCCGCGGCUGCGGCGCGCAUCGGGGCUCCGAGGAAGUUGACCGAAGAGGCUGCGUCAAGAUCCCCGGGUGCGGCUCGCACGAGGCCGGCGCAGCCGCCUCCUCCACCGGCUAUUGUUGCAGACUGUUUGCUGGGGGGCCCAGCCUUUCUCCGAAACUUACAAAGAAAGUGUUGGAUUGCCCCUGGUCGGAACGGAGGCCUCGCAGACCGCCUCUGGGUAGCUGGAUGCCACCCAGCCCCGUCCCCUUCCGGUACCAAAGUGCUUACUCCUCUCCAAAGUGCCAUGUCUGAACUGCUAACGCGAAGGAGCGGCUCCUGAACCCUGCGCACACCUCUCUGCACCUGCCCUUUCUCGGCCACCUCCCCAGGCCGCCGCAGCGACGGAGAAAGCCCCCCCCCUCUGGAUGUCCUCGGUGGAAACUGGGUCUCCGAGGCUGGCAGGCUGAGGCUGGAUUUGAGGGAGGAAUAUUGGACUUGGAGGAGUCUGCGCGCUCUUCGCCUCCGCGCGCCUCCCGGUCGCCGCUAGUUCAACCGCUCCGUCCCUGAGCUCGCUCCCCCACCCCACCCACUUCCUGUGCUCGCCCGGGGGGCGUGUGCCGCUGCCUGCCGGAGUUCUGGGAAGUUGUGGCUGUCGAGGAUGGGGGUCUGUGGGUACCUGUUCCUGCCCUGGAAGUGCCUCGUGGUCGUGUCUCUCAGGCUGCUGUUCCUUGUACCCACAGGAGUGCCGGUGCGCAGCGGCGAUGCCACCUUCCCCAAAGCUAUGGACAACGUGACGGUCCGGCAGGGGGAGAGCGCCACCCUCAGGUGCACAAUUGACAACCGGGUCACCCGGGUGGCCUGGCUGAACCGCAGCACCAUCCUCUAUGCUGGGAAUGACAAGUGGUGCCUGGACCCUCGUGUGGUUCUACUGAGCAACACCCAGACCCAGUACAGCAUCGAGAUCCAGAACGUGGACGUGUAUGACGAAGGCCCCUACACCUGCUCUGUGCAGACAGACAACCACCCAAAGACCUCGAGGGUCCACCUCAUCGUGCAAGUGUCACCUAAAAUUGUAGAGAUUUCUUCAGAUAUCUCCAUUAAUGAAGGAAACAACAUCAGCCUCACCUGCAUAGCAACUGGUAGACCAGAGCCUACGGUUACCUGGAGACACAUCUCCCCCAAAGCUGUUGGCUUUGUGAGUGAAGACGAAUACUUGGAAAUUCAGGGCAUUACUCGAGAGCAGUCAGGGGACUACGAGUGCAGUGCCUCCAACGAUGUGGCUGCGCCAGUGGUGCGGAGAGUAAAGGUUACCGUGAACUACCCACCGUACAUAUCAGAAGCUAAGGGUACAGGCGUCCCCGUGGGACAGAAGGGGACGCUGCAGUGUGAAGCCUCAGCAGUUCCCUCUGCCGAGUUCCAGUGGUACAAGGACGACAAAAGACUGAUGGAAGGCAAGAAGGGGGUCAAAGUGGAAAACAGACCCUUCCUGUCCAAGCUCAUCUUCUUCAAUGUCUCUGAGCACGACUAUGGGAACUACACGUGCGUGGCCUCCAACAAGUUGGGCCACACCAAUGCCAGCAUCACGCUAUUUGAACUAAAUGAGCCUACAAGCUCAACUUUGUUGCAAGGCCCAGGCGCAGUCAGCGAGGUGAGCAACGGGACGUCACGGAGGGCGGGCUGCGCUUGGCUGCUUUCGGUCCUGGUCUUGCACCUGCUGCUGAAAUUUUGAUGUGAGUGCCACCUCCCCAGCGGGGAAAGCUGCCGCCACGGUCACCACCUAUACAACAGCAUCGGCACCACGACAGCAACAAUUAAGAUAGAAUCAAAUGAAAUUCGGAGAAUCCAAGCCUAAGGGGACAGAAAUUUGAGGGAGGGGAACAAAGAAUACUUUGGGAAACACAAAUGUUUAAAAAAAAAAAAAAAGGAAAUUGCAAAUUGCCUUGCGGAUCUGUAGGUACAAGCGAGUUUUCUUUCUUUGCCCUCGCGGGAAGAAGGCACACCCGGCUUGGACCCACCCGCAAGCUGCGCUGUGCGACCUCUCUGCUGCCAGGGUGGGCGAGGGCUCAGCCAGUCUGACCACUGAAGCGCCCCUCUGUGGAACAUUCUGGAGGCAGCCACCCAGGCCGCCGAUAGAGAGGGACACAGCGCGAGACGCGGGACCCGGGGAGCCGCGGCGGGCCCUUCGGUAGACUGCCGUUGCGCUGCCUGUUGCCGAAUCUAAGGAAGAUCUAAGGAAAAGCAAGCAAGCAAACAAAACAGCCUGACAGCAGCAACAAACAGCCCCAGCCCCACACCCAGCAGUCACAAACGAUACCGACCCACGGCGCUUUUUCGUUUUUUGUUUGUUUGUUUGUUUUUCAUUUUACUACAUGGACAUCACGGAUAAUAAGGGAUUCUGAUUCAUUAUUAAUUUUAUUAAUUAUAUUUUCUGAUAUGAGUCUAGAGCUUAGUGCACAAACAAGAUGAAACUAAGAACACAGGCCAACGGAAGGGGUGAAGGAAGGGAUGUUUGUUAAGCAUUCCAGACGCGUAGUGUGCUUCUGAACUGGGUUUACAACGGGUGGACCACACACUGGGCAUUAACCACCUGGCGAGCAUUUGGCACAGCCACCGAAAACCGCAUCCGACUUGACGGACAUCUCCACCAGCGCGACAGAUCCCUCGUUGUUCUGGCUUUAACGCACAGACGGAACGACGCUACCCACAUCCUGGCUGGAACGCACUGGGUCUCGGCUUCGUUGGCAAUGCUUCUUUUGAUGACAUAUAUUAUACAGUAUAUAUAUGCAUAUAUUUUUUUUGUUAGAGUUCUAGCCGUUUAAUUUCCCAGCAGGGCCCUAUCUCAGACAUUACUGCAUGCUGUAUAUGGCGUUAGCUGUGUGUUGAUCUUCUACAAGAUGAUAGAGUUUACUGGUAAUUGUGUAAUCUGCUCCUGCCUUUUGAUUUUCUUGGGUUAUUCACAUGUCAGAGACAUUUAUAAAAAGUAAAAAAAAAAAAAAAAGAAAAAAAAAGAAAAAGCAACAGCAGCAACAACUAAUACCAGGCGCAGCACCUUUGCAGGUGUGGUUCUUGGGGGCGGGCCCCGGGUGGCCUCGCUCCCCCACCACGCCCCGGGCAUUAACAAGCAGCAAGCCGCUGAACAAACUCACCGUUGGUAACCACGUGCUUUCGCCCGCCACGGGAAUCUGAUGGUUUCGUGACAGACCGCUGGAGAAUUUAAUCCUCUUGGUUUGUUUUAUUUAAUUUCCCACCUUUGUGUGAGUGUGUAUGGAAGAGGAGAAAAUGCAGUUUUUAGGUAACCUUUUCUUUCCUCCCCUGGAGUCUGGGCACCAGAGAGGCCUCCAGGAGGGGUCCUGGACGUGAUGAGGGAGAGAGGGAAGGGGGAUGGGGAGGGAGGGCUUGUCUCUGACUUGACAUUAAAAAGUGUUCCAUGUCCCUCUUCA